AUGGUAGUGUUGUCUCAGCCAGUUGUUGAAAAUUUUGCUCACAUCAAAACAUGUAUGCCCACCUCUAACAUUUUCACUGAAAUUCCAGUAGUGGACCUCUUAGACCCUGAUGCUAAAACCAUCAUAGUUGAGGCCUGCAAAGAAUUUGGAUUCUUCAAAGUGAUCAACCAUGGAGUUCCAACGGAGUACAUAGCUCAAUUAGAAGAUGAAGCUAUAAAGUUUUUCAAUUUACCAAAGCCCGAAAAAGAAAAGUCGGGCCCUCCUAACCCUUUUGGCUAUGGUAACAAAAAAAUUGGCCUGAAUGGUGAUCUGGGUUGGGUCGAGUAUCUUCUCUUUAGCACCAACCCCGAACUUUUCUCCCAGAAAGGAAAAUUCAUUCUCCCAGGAAUUUCAGAAUCUUUCUGGUCUAUUGUGAAUGAAUACGUGUCAGCAAUGAGAAAUAUGGCAUGUGAGGUACUGGAAAUGAUAGCAGAGGAACUGAAAAUUGGUCCAAGAGACAUUCUGAGCAAGCUGUUAAGGGAUGAGAAAAGUGAUACUUGUUUUAGGCUAAACCAUUAUCCGCCAUGCUCGGAGCUUCAAGCAUUGAGUGGUCGAAAUUUAAUAGGUUUUGGUGAUCAUACAGACCCACAAAUAAUAUCUAUAAUAAGAUCUAACAACACAUCAGGCCUGCAAAUCGCUCUGAAAGAUGGUACAUGGGUUUCUGUCCCACCUGAUCAGUCCUCCUUUUUCAUCAAUGUUGGUGAUUCAUUGCAGGUACUGACCAACGGGAGGUUCAGGAGUGUAAGGCACAGAGUUUUGGCUGGCAGUUUGAAUUCUCGAAUUUCCAUGAUUUUCUUUGGAGGACCACCUUUGACUGAAAAGAUCACACCUUUACCAUCAAUAAUGGAACAAGGAGAAGAAAGUUUGUACAAUGAGUUCACGUGGUACGACUACAAGAAAUCAGCCUACGGAACAAGAUUAAGUGAUGACAGGCUAGGUUUUUUCGAAAAAUCUUUUGCCGAUAAAUCCAAAAAGAGGUCUAUUUGA